CCCCGGAGCCGGCCGGCCGGGCCGGGAGCCAGGCCCGAGUCCUCGCCAUGCCGGCCCGGCUGCUGCUGGUGCUGCUGGCGCUGCUGCUGCCUGGCCCCGGGAUUUUGGGAAGUCCCAGCACAGUGACGCUUCCUGAAACCUUGUUGUUUGUGUCAACUCUGGAUGGAAGUUUGCAUGCUGUCAGCAAGAGGACAGGCUCGAUCAAAUGGACUUUAAAAGAAGAUCCAGUUCUGCAAGUUCCAACACAUGUGGAAGAGCCUGCCUUCCUCCCAGAUCCCAAUGACGGCAGCCUGUAUACGCUUGGGGGCAAGAAUAAUGAAGGCCUGACGAAACUUCCUUUUACCAUCCCAGAGUUGGUACAGGCAUCCCCAUGCCGAAGUUCAGAAGGAAUUCUCUACAUGGGUAAAAAGCAGGACAUUUGGUACGUCAUUGACCUUCUGACCGGGGAGAAGCAGCAGACUCUGUCGUCAGCCUUUGCAGACAGUCUCUGCCCAUCAACCUCUUUGCUGUAUCUUGGCCGAACAGAAUACACCAUCACCAUGUACGACACCAAAACCCGUGAGCUCCGAUGGAACGCCACCUACUUCGACUACGCAGCCUCGCUGCCUGAGGACGACGGGGACUACAAGAUGUCCCACUUUGUGUCUAAUGGCGAUGGGCUGGUGGUGACCGUGGACAGUGAAUCUGGCGACGUCCUAUGGAUCCAAAACUACGCUUCCCCCGUGGUGGCCUUUUACGUCUGGCAGCGGGAGGGUCUGAAGAAGGUGCUGCACAUCAAUGUCGCUGUGGAGACCCUGCGCUACCUGACCUUCAUGUCCGGGGAGGUGGGCCGCAUCACCAAGUGGAAGUACCCGUUCCCCAAGGAGACGGAGGCCAAGAGCAAGCUGACGCCCACGCUGUAUGUCGGGAAGUACUCUACCAGCCUGUAUGCCUCCCCCUCCAUGGUUCACGACGGAGUCGCCGUUGUGCCCCGAGGCAGCACUCUGCCUUUGCUGGAAGGCCCCCAGACUGAUGGGGUCACCAUCGGGGACAAAGGGGAGUGUGUGAUCACGCCCAGCACAGACGUCAACUUUGACCCUGGGCUCAAAGGCAAGAACAAGCUCAACUACCUGAGGAACUACUGGCUUCUGAUAGGACACCAUGAAACCCCCCUGUCCGCGUCUACCAAGAUGCUGGAGAGAUUCCCCAACAACCUGCCCAAACAUCGGGAAAACGUGAUUCCUGCCGACUCAGAGAAGAAGAGCUUCGAGGAAGUUAUCAACCUGGUUGACCAGACUUCAGAAAACGCGCCUACCACCAUCUCACAGGAUGUGGAAGAGAAAUACGAGCGUGCCCCAGCCAAGCCUGAGGCCCCCAUGGACUCUGUGCUCAAGGACAUCGCCACCAUCAUCCUGAGCACCUUCCUGCUCAUCGGCUGGGUGGCCUUCAUCAUCACCUACCCCUUGAGCAUGCAUCAGCAGCAGCAGCUCCAGCACCAGCAGUUCCAGAAGGAACUAGAGAAAAUCCAGCUCCUGCAACAGCAGCAGCUGCCCUUCCAUCCACCUGGAGACGUGGCUCAGGAUGCUGAGCCCUUGGACUCGUCCGGCCUGUACUCCGAGAGCUCGGGCACCAGCAGCCCGAGCACGUCCCCCAGAGCCUCCAACCACUCGCUGCACUCCAGUGGCUCUGCCUCCAGGCCUGGCAGCGGCCCCUUCCCGGAGCAGGACGAUGACGAUGAGGAAACCAACAUGGUGAUAGUUGGGAAGAUUUCAUUCUGUCCCAAGGACGUGCUGGGUCACGGAGCUGAGGGCACGAUUGUGUACCGGGGCAUGUUUGACAACCGUGACGUGGCCGUCAAGAGGAUCCUCCCCGAGUGUUUCAGUUUCGCGGACCGUGAGGUCCAGCUGCUUCGAGAAUCCGAUGAGCACCCCAACGUGAUCCGCUACUUCUGCACAGAGAGGGACCGACAGUUCCAGUACAUUGCCAUCGAGCUGUGCGCCGCCACCCUGCAGGAGUACGUGGAGCAGAAGGACUUUGCGCACCUCGGCCUGGAGCCCAUCACCCUGCUGCAGCAGACCACCUCGGGCCUGGCGCAUCUGCACUCCCUCAACAUUGUUCACAGAGACCUGAAGCCCCACAACAUUCUCCUCUCCAUGCCCAACGCACAUGGCAGGAUCAAGGCCAUGAUCUCGGACUUCGGCCUGUGCAAGAAGCUGGCCGUAGGCAGGCACAGUUUCAGCCGCCGCUCAGGAGUGCCGGGCACGGAAGGCUGGAUUGCCCCAGAGAUGCUGAGCGAAGACUGCAAGGACAACCCUACCUACACGGUGGACAUCUUCUCUGCGGGCUGUGUCUUUUACUACGUGAUAUCGGAGGGCAGCCACCCUUUUGGCAAGUCCCUGCAGCGGCAGGCCAACAUCCUCCUGGGAGCCUACAGCCUGGACUGCCUGCACCCUGAGAAGCACGAAGACGUCAUUGCCCGGGAAUUAAUAGAGAACAUGAUCGCUAUGGAGCCUCAGAAGCGCCCGUCCGCGAAACACGUGCUGAAGCACCCGUUCUUCUGGAGCCUGGAGAAGCAGCUGCAGUUCUUCCAGGACGUGAGUGACCGAAUAGAAAAGGAGUCCCUGGACGGCCCGAUAGUGAAGCAGCUGGAGCGAGGCGGGAGAGCCGUGGUGAAGAUGGACUGGAGGGAGAACAUCACCGUCCCCCUGCAGACAGAUCUGCGGAAAUUCAGGACCUAUAAAGGCGGCUCCGUCCGAGACCUCCUCCGAGCCAUGAGAAACAAGAAGCACCACUACCGGGAGCUCCCCACGGAGGUGCGGGAGACGCUGGGCUCCCUCCCCGACGACUUCGUGCGCUACUUCACGUCCCGCUUCCCCCACCUCCUCUCCCACACCUACCGGGCCAUGGAGCCGUGCGGCCACGAGCGGCUCUUCCAGCCCUACUACUUCCACGAGCCCCCAGAGCCCUGGCCUCCAGUGACUGCAGACACCCCUUGAGCCGGGGUGGCCGUCCAUUCUGGUGGCCCCAGCUGUGACUGUGGCCUGGUCUCUGCAAGUCCGAGCCGGACGCCUCUCGGCUUAGCGGGGAGACCAGGCUCCCCAAACAAGUGCCUUGAGCUGCCCGCUCUGCGUCCAGCAGAGGAAGACGCCGACCCCAGGAGGUGGGAACCGCGACCCCUUCUGACCUGUAGGGAGCUGGGAAGAUGUUGGCCACGAAAGCUUUCCAGUUGGGGUCCUCUGCCAAGGAGGGCCCAUCCCAGACGCAGGGACAGAAGCAUCCUCCGCCUUCUCCUGGACGCACUGGCUUCAGACCUACAGUUUAUUUUUUAAACUUCCUGUUUGGUGUCAGCCUAUGGGCCUGUAAGGAAGAGAGGGGAGGCCGUCCUGCGUUUUGCCUCCGUCCGGGAGCAGGAGCACCUCUCUCCUCGACCAGCGAGGCUGAGGGACACGGAAUGGAGCCUCUGCUCUAAGUGGGGCUCCAGAGGGGAGGGGCACUGGGGAGGAGGAAGUCGUUCAGAGGGCGUCGUUCCUGGGGAUCGGAGAUGCCUCACUCAUCGCAAACGCGCCCAGAGUUCCCCAGGUCGCUAGAGCCAGUGUUCCUUGGGGGCAGCGAGGGUCCUGAGUGUGAGGCACCGCGUUGGGGCAGGUGAGCGCCGCCCACUGGAAGACGAGGCCUUGUCUGCUGAUCUCUUAGACACGAAGAGGGUACUCUGUCCUGAGUCCACAGUAGUCCAGUGCCUUGGUGGCCUUUGAUGGAUUGGGGGAUGUCUAGGAGCAUGCGGGGGCAAGGUGAUAAGUUCCCCCAUCAAGAAGAGCAGCACCCAGGCAGGAACGGGCCUUUGGGACCAGAGGGGAGAAGGCCACAUGCGACACUCAUGGCCACCCUGGGGGGAGUCCUGAGCCAGCACGAGGGCAAUGAGGCGCUCUGUCCCUGGACGGGAGGACGGGCCGGGGGAUCGGGAGCAGAGGUCGGAGUCACCACGAGCUUCAUAGGCAGGCUUUUAUGUUUCUCUUGGCAGAUUUUAAUAACUUUAUACUUUGAUCAUACUGUAGAAUGCUACGUUAGCAGAAGCAAGCUGAACUUGAAGCUUACUCGUGAAGAAGAUAAAUGCAAGAUACAUAAUACACUCUCUAUUUCGUGUAGUACCAAAAGCCUCCAUCCCCUCCGGAAAGAGCGUUCACGUUCAGAACGUGCUCUGAUGCCGAAGAGUAAAGCAGUAUAGCAAGGCUGUCCGCAUCCCUUAAACAACUUGAAAGUAAUAUUCCCUCAAUUAUGUCAAUACCAUCUUUUUGGCUAAAAUUAGUAGUUUUUGACUUUAGUCUCAGUCCAAACUUGCUGUCUUUUCUUUACCAAGAGCCUUAGCGGUUCAAUGUGAUCAGGGUACAGUGUGGCGAUGUCCCCCGUGUCCUUUGUCCAGCCGGGUCAGUGGGUCCUCGCCCUUCGUUCGGUGCCGGCGAGCUCGGAGACCCUGCUCGGGAUCAAGGAUGUUGGUGUCGGACCGAGCGUGCACCGUUCCUUCUGGGAGCUGCUUCCUGAUGGCGGGUUGGGCUGAAGGCCACUCAUCAGAAGCUCUCCUGUGUCUUCGUAGAAUUCAGUUCCCUUCCUUUCCUAAUGAUCGGACUUACUUUUUUCUUAAGUUCCUGUUAUCCUCCAUCUGCUGUUACCCUCCCUCCUCACUGGUUACCCCGCCUAGACCUGGGAGCCCUGGGGCUGGGGGCGGGCAUAGUGCUGUGUCCUCUGCCACGGCCCCCACGGUUCAGGAACACAGCCAGAUGGCUGUCCUCCCCCGACUCUGCUGCAUCUGCUCUGUUGUGCCUGAGGACCUGCGGUCACUUUGCUGCCGAGCCCGAGUAUGAUCCCCGCUCCCCUCCGCCGCCCCAGGCAGUCAGGUGCAGGAGGUGCCCCGAGUGGUGGGCUGGCUGUGGGCUCUGUGCUGCUUCCAUCGCGUGGCUGAACAGUGUCCUUGGGGGGGCCGGGGAGCCAGUCCCGGCUGGCUGCCCAGGGUUUGGGUCCGCUCCCUGUUUGGGCCCAGCUUGUGUUUAGAACAACUGCUUUUUAAAUGCCCUUUCUACUUCUCACCAUUGUUUCUAACCACGCACCUUCUCAAACUCGUGUAUUCGACAUAUUUGACUUUGAGUACUUGCCGGGUGAGCCAGGCCAGAUCCUGGGGGCUGGGGACGCAGAGGUGAACGAGACAGACAAAAUCUCUGCUUUUGUGAGAGCGUGGAGGGAGCGACGCAGCAAAUAGUAAAGAUCAGGGCUCCGGGAAGAGCCGUUCUCCACUUUGAGGAACCUGGUCACUCCUCAACCCCUAAGGUGGCUUGAAGAGGUGUCCUGUGGCCCCGUCAUCAUGAAAACAGCUCAGGCAUCCUCUGCUGCAUCUCGCCCUCGUCUCCAGAAUCCUGGUCUCCUGUUGUGCUCUGCACCAUUACUAGAACAGGGUUCUGCAGCCUUGUGUGUCCUGUCACAGCAGAGCUGGUGGAUCUUAAGCACAAUUCCAGGAAGGCUGUUAACUUCUUGGAAGUACGCUGUCUUCAUUUUUACAGCAGCAUCUAGUCACAUCUGUUGGGAAUCCCAGGGCCGCUCUCCUUCAGCCUGGUGUUGAAGCCUGUGUUGAACCGGUCUUCAGUGCACCUGCCAGAAUUUCUCUUGUUGUUUCUCAAGUCUUUUCACCCACAGUUGAGCAAGAGCCCACAUGUCCCUGGGCGUCAGAGCACUUGCACUUUGGGGGAAUCACUGGUGUCUGCGGUGAGUCACUAAACCAUCUAGUGGCAGAUCUAAAACCCUGGAUGCAGGGGGGGCUCUCCCCACCACUGUGUCCGUGCCAUAGUCGUCCCAGGCUCCGUUCAGUGAGACCUCACUCCGACUUGGGACACGGAUCUGCAGGUCAGUGGGCCCAGCAAAGGAUUUUCUUUCUCCCAACUCUAGAAGGAAGGCCUUGUUCAGAGUCAACUUUUGGUUAAGUUUUGUGUGAUCUGUUUCCCAUUGCAGUUCUUUCUUACUACAGUGAGAGAUGCAUUGGCUGCUGAUGUGAGCUCUCGCAGAUGUAGGGGAGCCUCUGGGUUGUAGGCCUUUCUCUUCUUGGCCGCUGUCUCUCCAGAAGUUGGACUCCGGCCGGGUUUGGGUUUCCUGAGUCUGCUCUCACUCUCCUGCUCUGUGUAUUGGGUCCUCAGCCUGGAGGUCCUGGCAGGAGGUAGGCUGGUUCACCUGCCGCUGCCUUCUGUGCCACGAGAGCCGGGAGAGAUAGCGCAGCGCCCCUGUGAAGAGCCUCCUUACGUUCUCUUUAGCCUUCUCUCUGCUCAUUUAGUAUCUGAACUCCCUUUUCUUCAUGUAUCUCAGUGUCUCCCUUGCUCACUCCUUCACCAUCCUGGCGUUGUCCUUGUAACUGAGUCUGGCCUGGCCUUAGCCUUUCUCCUAGAAAGUCGCUGGGUGUCCCACAGAGAUGAGCCAAAGUUCCGCCUUCCAAGGUUGGACCAUGAUCUUUUAAACCAAAGUGUCUCCUUAUCCUCUACUUUGUUUUCUUGAUGAAGCAGUGAUUUCUGCCGCGAGUAGCCCUGGUUCUGGUUGCUUGUAUCUGCGUGUGAAUCCUUUCUGUAUUCCUUGGCCAACCACCAAGAAGGCAUCUGCAGUGAGCCUCCCCCUGGGGCAGCCUUAAGGUCCACUUCCGGCCCAAGUCCCCACCCCUCUCGCCUCCCCCUGUGAUCUGUGUGCGUCUGGCGGGUCCAGUGUUCCUUUUCAGUAUCCCAAAAGCUGUGACGGGGGCGUCCCCACUUACCUAGGAAGCAUUACCCGUCAACCAGGCGGCAUUCUCAAAUGCAAACCUUACGUAGUGUUCUUUUUGCGAUGACCUAUUUAUUUAACCUAUUUAUAUUUAUUUAAUUUUUACUCUGACGUGUAUCCAGCUAUAAUUGCACUUGCUUCUAAAGCACAUCAGAUUUGUUUUGGACAACACACCCCUGACCAUUCUAAAACUGGAAAAGGAAAAGUUAUACUGGAUCCUUCCAUGGGAUGGACGCCUCACAGUAGUUUGAUCAUUAAAGGGUGAGAAAUUUGGUCAGGGUUCAAGUUUUCUCUUUUGAGUGAUUUUUUAAAAAAAUUCUGUGCCAUCGUGUCUUCUCCGUGAACGGUUGUUUAAUGGGUAUGUGUUAAUUGUGCGAUAGAAUUCUCUCUGUGAACCUACAAUCCUCUUUUUAGCUUUAUAUUUUAUAAACUGCCAGAUUGUACAAUUUUUAUGUGUAUUUUUAAAGCUUGAUGUGAGGGUAAUUAUCUAAGUUAAACAGCCUAUUUUUGUACCUCCUGUACAGUUUUAUAAUUCUGCUGAUUGAUGAAGGCGUCUUGUGCGGCGCCCCCCUCAAAUAAAGGUAGUUUUAGACCUGGAA